AUGCGUAAUUAUGAUAAACGAGUUCGUCCAGUGUAUAAUGCGACUGAUGUAUUGAAUGUAGCAAUUAGUUUAAGUGUAACACAAUUAAUUGAUGAUGAAAAACGUCAAAUAAUAACAACAAAUGUAUGGCUUAAACAUGAAUGGUUUGAUUAUCGAUUAAAAUGGAAUCCAGCACUCUAUGAUAAUAUUUGUAUUAUGCAUAUUGCAUCAGAGGCAUUAUGGCUACCUGAUAUUGUUUUGUAUAAUAAUGCUGAUGGAGCAUAUCAUGCACCAUUAAAGACUAAAGCAUCGGUUUAUCCAUCGGGAGCUAUUGUAUGGGAUCCUCCAAUGAUUUAUAAAAGUAGUUGUCCUAUUAAUGUUCAAUAUUUUCCAUUUGGUAAGAACUUAUGUCAUCAUCAAUUAGAAAUACAUUAA